AUGGAGGAGUGGGACGUGCCCCAGAUGAAGAAGGAGGUCGAGAGCCUCAAGUACCAGCUGGCCUUCAAGAGGGAGAUGUCAUCCAAGACCAUCCCCGAGCUCCUCAAGUGGAUCGAGGAAGGGAUCCCCAAGGACCCCUUCCUGAACCCAGACCUGAUGAAGAACAACCCAUGGGUGGAGAAGGGCAAGUGCACCAUCCUGUGA